CCUCUACAAGAAGGCACAGACAUCUUUUCCUGCCGUUCGGGCUGUGCCUGGCCUCGCUCGGAGCUCUCAUGUGCCACAGCUAAAAGAACUCCGCCGUUGCCAGCUCCGGGGUCCAGGGCUGCUUAAAACUCAGCGGAGGAGCCGGAGCAGCACUUACCCCAAACGGAACAGGUGAUAGCAAGCAAUGGACCAAGAUUCACACUGCACAGCAGAAAGGGAACUGUUGGAAGCUGUAAGCAGAAUUACUACAUCUUCUACCACAAGUCCAUCUGAUGAAGAAGAAAAUCAACCCAAAGCUGAAAUUUCAUGUCAAGUGACAAAAGAAAACCCAGAAAAAGAUGACACUCGAGAUUCCAGUGCAACUCUAAGUCCCAACUCUUCAAUGACCACUAAGGAACUUCAGGAAUAUUGGAGGAAUGAAAAACGCCAGUGCAAACAAAUCAAACUCCUUUUUGAAAUCCCAUCAACCAGAAUUGUAGAGCACCACUUAUCGAAAUAUGUGAUGUAUAAAAUCAUCAUUUUGCAAACAGGGAGCUUUGACAGCAACAAGUCUGUAAUUGAACGGCGUUAUUCAGAUUUUGAGAAACUGCACAGAAAUCUGCUGGAGGAAUUUAGCGAAGAAAUGGAAGAUGUAACCUUUCCCAAAAAAACUCUAACAGGGAACUUCACAGAAGAAAUAAUCAAUGAAAGAAAAUUAGCCUUCAAGGACUACCUGAGACUCCUAUAUUCUAUGAAAUACAUCAGAAGAUCAAAAAAAUUUAUUGACUUUUUAACAAGGCCAGAGCUUCAGGAAGCAUACGGUUGCCUGCGGGGUGGCCAGUACACCAAAGCUUUGGAAAUCCUUUUAGAAGUCAUUGGGCUGCAGGAAAGGCUGACAAGAGGGAGCCCUGUUGCAAUUGUCCCUACUCUCUGUGCCAUCGUGGUGUGCCACAAGGACCUGGAAAACCCAGCAAGUGCCUUUGAAUAUGGAGAAAAAGCUCUGUCACGCCUCCAUGUGCACACCAGCCACAGGUAUUAUAUCCCACUGCUAGAAACAAUGAUCACUCUGGCCUAUGAACUUGGCAAGGAUUUCCUGUCUUUGCAAGAAAAGCUGGAGGAAUGGAAGACAAAGAAAGAUCCCAUACGGAUUUUUACCCUGAAAGAACUUGCAGUUCGGGAGUAUGUACGGUGAACACAAGAAACAUUUAAUGAAAAAUUUCAAGAGCAAACUCUUGAAAGAGUGAGAACUGGAAAUUACCUGUUUGGCUUGCAUAAUGCUGUAUUAAUAGGGAAAAAAAAAUCUUCUUUGUUCAAAGGGACAUUAACAUCUAUGUUGGAAUACUUUACAUGUACUGUACAGAUAUGAGAAGUAGCUGAGGAGCACCUUAAGGUUUUUUGAAGGAAAUAUGCCAGAAAAUAAUCAUUUAUGAUUGGUUAUUUAAACAUGGCUUAUUUUGUGUGAAAAGUCAGAAUAUGAAAAUACAAUUAAUAAAGCACUUGAAAAUCUAUAGAA